AUGCGUUUCUCCGAGCCUGUGGUGAAGGCUUCGGGGGCAUCAUGGGGCUUUGAUACGUCCUCAGUUGCGACUGCUUCUAUUCCACCACAUCCUCUCGGAAUCAAGCCCCUCGGAAACCAGUACUUCGCGAGCGAGCCAAAUGCGAGGGCAUCGCUGGGCACUUUCAAGCUCUUUCCCGAUGAGAUGCUGAUGCUGUUCCUCGAAUAUUUGGACGCUUCUUCACUUCGCCUGGUGGGUUCCACAAGCAAAUUCCUCUACGCAGCAUCCAGAUACGAUGACUUGUGGAAAACACUCUACUUAGAUAAUAUCAACCUGUCAGCCUUUGCGACAGGUAUACCGGCACACAACGAGAUAGCUCGAUUAGAGAACCUGGACUACACCGAGUUCGCUGCCAAUUGGGCUGAAAAACCAUUCAUACUCACCAAGUGCAUCCAGGAUUGGCCGGCUUCAAAAGAAUGGAGCCUAGACUUCUUCCUGAACAGGCACAAGGAUGUAGUAUUUCGCGCCGAGUCUGUAGACUGGACCUUUGACACUUACGCCAAGUACAUGGAAUCGACCACAGACGAGAGCCCCUUAUACCUUUUCGAUCGCAGAUUCGCGGAGCAGAUGGGGAUCUCGGUGGGCCGGGAGCCUGGGGCGGCGUACUGGAAACCGGAAUGCUUUGGACCUGAUUUAUUUGAACUCCUCGGCGAGGAGCGACCAGCACACCGCUGGCUCAUCAUCGGGCCACAACGCAGCGGGUCGACUUUCCACAAAGAUCCGAACGCCACAAGCGCCUGGAAUGCUGUCAUCCAGGGAGCGAAGUACUGGAUCAUGUUUCCUCCCGACGCGGAAGUCCCCGGCGUAUACGUCUCUAGCGACAAGAGCGAGGUUACUAGUCCUCUGAGCAUAGCCGAAUGGCUCCUAGAAUUCCAUACGGAAGGCCGAAGAGUACCAGGCUGCAUCGAAGGUGUGUGUGCCCAGGGUGAGAUUUUGCAUGUACCAAGCGGAUGGUGGCAUUUAGUUGUCAACCUCGAGCCGGGUAUUGCUCUUACGCAAAAUUUUAUCCCCGAAUCUCCUAGUCUCUAUCAUCUAUCGGAAGCUAUCGAGUUUCUGAGGGAUAAGCCGGCCCAGGUAACCGGGUUCAAGCGAGACAUUGCGGACCCUUACCAACUUUUCUCGGACCGGCUCAGGAGCGAGAACCCUGAACUUCUCGAGAAGGCCCUCGCGGUUCUAGAAGCAAGGAAGGCGGGGAGGAAGCGUAAGUGGGAUGCGGCCGUGGCCGGGGACGGUCAGGAUGGCGAAGGCGGCUUUAGCUUCGGUUUUGGGGAAGAUGAUGACGAGGGCGAGGAUGAGGAUGAGGUCUUAUGA